AUCAGGAGGUGAGAUCAGGUGGUGUGAUACGAAAUGGUGAGAGGCUGCAUUUCAGUGGAGUGGACUGAUAACUUGUUGUACUUCUUGCCCUGUCAGAACUCGGAAGGUGCAAGAGCACAUGGAGUCUCGGCGAACGCGCGGGCUCGCGAGGUUUUUCAGGCAGGUCCACGCGCUCUUCCUCAAGAACAUCUCUUUCCAGAGGAGGAACGCGAGGACGAACGCCGCGAUCGCCGCGUUCCCGGUGCUCCUCUGCGUGCUCCUCGUCGCCAUCCAGCACGUGGUGGACAGCGAGCUCGCCAGGCCGCCGUUCCAGUGUGGCUGCUCCGGAACGGAGUGCGGCAUCCAACACUCCACGCCCACGCAGGCGCUCAGCUGUGCCGUGCCCGUGCCGCCGAGGUGGCCGGCGCUGGUGCAGGUGCCCGACGCCGAGGCGCGCGACCCGACGCGCCUGCACCCGCGGCCGUGCAACGCGUCGGAGAACUGCCCCACCGCCGUGCUCCUCACCGGCCACAACCGCCAGCUUGCCGAAGUUCUUGGAACAGGGCUGUUCCCACCUGUCCCUGAUGAAUAUUACAAUCCUCUAGCGCCUGCCUCUACAAAUUCUUCAGCCUACCUUGAUGAGUUCUCGAGAGUAGUCCCUGGUUCGAACUCGUUGCCGGCGCAUGUGCUGUUCAUAGAGCCGGGCCUUGUUCCCUACGGGACCCUGUACGUGCUCCAGUCGCAGUGUCUGUGGAAUUCAAGCAGCAUUUCAGGGAAUUCUGAUGGAAUGCCUCUGCAAUCUGAUAUGCAGUGUGUUCAAGUUUUGCCGCUGUGGUGCGACAAUUCAUCGGUGAUAAAUCAUCAUUUGUUCAAAGGUUACAAGGGUGGGAAUAAGAGGAGAAGAUCAAAAGAAUUCCUCGCUGGUUAUGACUUCCUAGAUACAAACAAGAGGCGCUUCCAUAUAUAUGUUUGGUACAAUUCCAGCUUCAGCAGGGAUAAUGGACACCAUUCCAUGACAGUUUUGCGUGUUGCACGGUUGGUUAAUAUGGCAUCCACUGCAUAUCUGAACCUUUUCCAAGAACAGAAUGCAGAAAUUCGCCUUGAGUAUUUGAAAGAAAUGCCCAAAGCUGCAAUUAAAACAAGGCUGGACCUCACCACUCUCCUAGAUGCACUGUUCUUUACCUGGACGGUUCAACUCCUCCUUCCGGUAAUAUUGACAUAUCUUGUCUACGAGAAGCAGCAGAAACUAAGACUAAUGAUGAAGAUGCAUGGGCUAAAGGAUGCUCCUUAUUGGUUGAUAUCUUAUGCCUAUUUCUUGUCCCUUUCAGCGGCUUACAUGAUAUUCUUCAUGAUCUCAGGGUCUGUUAUAGGGUUAGAUAUCUUCAGAGUAAAUAGCUACAGCAUACAGUUUCUAUUCUACUUCAUAUGUAUUAACCUGCAGAUCGUGCUCGCCUUUCUGCUUGCGUCUUUCUUCUCAUCGGUCAAUACUGCUAGUGUAAUUGGUUACAUUUAUGUCUUCGGUUCUAGCCUUCUCGGAGAAGCUCUCUUGAAGAACUUCAUAGAGGAUACUACUUUCCCAAGACAUUGGCUUGUGGCAAUGGAGCUUGUUCCUGGGUUCUCCCUCUACCGAGGAAUAUACGAGCUUGCAGAGUAUGCUUCUGCAGGAAGAAAUAUGGGAAAGCAUGGGAUGCAAUGGGUGGACUUGAACGACCCAAUUAACGGGAUGAAAGAUGUUUUGAUUCUAAUGUCUAUGGAAUGGAUAUUUCUCCUUCCUGUUGCAUUUUUGUUGGACCACAGACCUUCAUGGCAGCCUCUGUUUCUCUUCGGAUUUCUAUCGACGAAACACUCCUCGCCAUCAGAGAAACCAAACAAAGUGAAGAGGGGAUCCAGGAGGGUCCAUGUUGAUAUGACAAAGCCUGAUGUGUUCCUAGAGCGCAAGGUCGUGAGACGACUAUUAAAGGAAAUGGACACAAGGAAUAUGAUCAUCUGCCACAAUCUAAAGAAAGUGUACCCUGGAAAGAAUGGGAACCCUGACAAGCUUGCUGUUAGAGGAUUGUCGCUUGCUUUGCGCAAAGGGCAGUGUUUCGGGAUGCUUGGUCCCAAUGGGGCAGGGAAGACAUCGUUCAUCAACAUGAUGAUUGGCCUUGUGAUGCCGACUUAUGGAACUGCUUACAUACAUGGACUGGAUUUGAGGACAGAUAUGAAUGAAAUAUAUGCAAACAUUGGUGUAUGUCCACAGCAUGAUUUACUUUGGGACACUCUGACAGGAAGAGAACAUCUGAUGUUCUAUGGUCGAAUGAAGAAUCUCACAGGUGCUGCUCUGACAAAGGCAGUCGAAGAGUCCCUGAAGAGCGUAAAUCUGUUCCACAGCGGUUUCGGCGACAAAGCUGUAAGCAAGUACAGUGGUGGCAUGAAAAGAAGGCUCAGCGUCGCCAUAGCGCUCAUAGGCAAUCCCAAAGUUGUCUACAUGGACGAACCAAGCACCGGGCUCGACACUAGUUCGAGGAACGAUCUGUGGAACGUCAUCAAACGAGCGAAGAAAAAAUGCACCAUCAUCCUUACCACACACUCCAUGGAGGAGGCUGAGGAGUUGUGCGAUCGGAUCGGCAUCUUCGUCAACGGAAACUUUCAUUGCCUUGGAACUCCUAAGGAGCUGAAGGCAAGGUACGGCGGCACCCGGAUCCUGACGAUCACGACGUCGCCGGAACACGAGGCGGAGGUGGAGCGGCUGGUGAGCCGGCUGUCGCCGGGGGCCGCGAGGGUCUACAACGUGUCGGGCACGCAGAAGUUCGCGCUGCCACGGCGGGAGGUGGGGCUGGGCGGCGUGUUCGGCGCGGUGGAGGUGGCGCGGCGCGCGUUCCCGGUGCUGGGGUGGGGCGUGGCGGACGCCACGCUGGAGGACGUGUUCGUCAGGGUGGCCAAAGAGGCCCGGGCGUUCGACGUGCUCUCCUAGUGCUUAAUGGUCCGGUGACUCAGGUGAUCAGGUCGUAGGCUGCACCAGUGCACAUAAACACAUGUGCUAGUGUAGUUCAUAAAAAAACUUGAUUUUUUUCAUAAGCACAUCCUCUGAGCAUCCC